CCCCUGCAGACUGCCUGUAAUCCACACUGCCAGUCGAGAGGCUGGCUCCUCCAAAGAGCAGUGAGGGAGCUCCAGGCAGACGUGACACCGAGGAGAGGGACUUCUCUCUCUCUCUGCCGGGGAGUUGGGAUGAGGAGUGGGUGGGGAUCUGAAGGAGCCUGGGAUCACCCAGCGUCAGAGUGCUGCUACAGGAAGCUGUUCAAAGGAUGCCCGAGCAUCUGAAUGGAUACAGAGGAGUCUGUGUACGUUACUGCCCCGGCUUGUUUCCUUCUUAAUCAAGAAAGCUGCUAUUGUUCCUGUUGAGCAGGGGGAAGCAUUAUAAAGAUGUGUGUGAUGCAUGCUGAAAGGAAAGGGGUCACGAGGGAAAUUAUGCGAUUACAAGGUUGGAAAGUGGACACUACUCAAGGACGGAAGGACCAAUCACCACGGCUGCCCGCCCCUUGCUUGUGACGGGAUGGCACAGAACACUGAAGUCAUGACUUUCUACAUGGAGCUGAAGACUGCUCCCUCCAGAAAUGGUGUUAAACUGCCUUGUGAUUCGCCAGGGCUGGGCAGCUGGAAAGCUGCUCAGUGUGAUGCCACUACCCAAUCGCCAUGCCGACACUCGGCCAACUCCCUGAGCCCUAGGCCCCACAUUCAGAGGCGCAGCCUGCCGCCGGAUUCUAGGGUCGACUUCCUGGGCUUGCCUGGCCGAGCGAAGGGCGUGUCCUCGCUGGUCCGCACACAGUCAGAGACCAACCCCUUUCGGGAAACGACCCCCAGCAGCCCGGGGAGGUCCACUGCUCCCACCUCCCCGGUGGGCAUCAGGACUCGCUCUUUCUGCCCUGCUACCUUGGAGAACACAAUCAAAAAGGUGGGCGUCAGCGCCAGAGGUAAAAGCUCAGUGGUUACUUUCAGCUAUAUUGAAAAAUCCAAGGUGAAGACUAUUGUUAAUCCCCUCAAUUCAUCAAUGGUUCCUCAGGACACUAAACCCCCUUCCACCUCAGCUGGAUAUAGAAGUCCAUCUCCUGGGCUUAACCUAACCAAAAUGUUGUUAGGUUUUGCAUCAAAACUGCCUCAGACGGGAAGUCUGGAUACAGUGACUCUGGGAGCCUCCAGCGGAACAUCAGACAGAACGGUUUCCGACCAAGGCUCAGCUCUCUUGCUCGGCAGUGGAAGCCCAGUAUGUUCUGAUGCUCAAGAUUCCAGCAUUGGCCUCCGAAAUGGGAAUAAAAUAGACCAGGUGCUCACUUCAAAGCCGAUGCAGACCAGGAGUUUGGACCUAGGAACAAAGCCAGUGACUGCUUUCACUGUCAAUGACACAUCCAUCAGUAAUGGCAUCCUAUCCAAUCAUGGCUCAGAACUGUCAAUUGGAAGGGAAAGUCCUAACAGUCCCGGCUUCAAACAGGCAUUCUCCUGCACAUGGGCCAGGGAACAUACCGAGCGGGCUCAGAAGAUCGCAAAGGCCAGGCGAGAGUUCUUCUAUGGAACAUCGGAGCCACAAGCCCCGGAAGAUAAAGGAGAACCUGGAGUCCAGCAACCAUUGGCAAAUCUGCACAUCACUGAAAAUAAUGAGGCAGCAGAGGAGAAGCAGAAGGAGCCAUUCACUGCUGGACCCUCUGAGGCUUGGAAGCCUGUCUGCCAGGGCUUGGGAGAGUUGCGUGGAGGUCUGAAGGGCCCGCCUUUGCCAAAUGGCAACUGCGUGGUAGGAGGCGCAUCCAGGGAGACCAGAUACUCGGAGACAGACCUGGAUGCCGUGCCGGUAAGGUGCUACCAGGAAACCAACUUGGAUGAAGUCAUGGCCGAGUACGAGAUGGUCGGUCCCACCGGACGUAAGAAUCCGCACCUGCCAGGCUCUGUGGUUGGAUGUGGUGCCCAGAGAGACCAUGCUGCCUCUCCGGUGGAGACCGCGAUAGACGACAGUCCUGGGGGUGGGGAGGAGAGCAGAGAAGAGCAGCCCGAAGACCCUGAGGACGAAGUGUUCUACGAGUCCUGUUCUGCUGUUGCUGACGGAUGCUGCUGGUCCAUCGCAAGAGAGAGAAGAAGAGGCUGCAGGCGCCGUCCAAGUGACAGCAAUUUGAACCACUUGGUGAUGGACUCAGAGUCCGAGAUGGACAGUACUGAACAGCUGGCAUUGGGAAGCACUGACACUUUGGCCAACGGCAACAAGACUGACCAAGAGGCUGCCAAACGACUAGCCAAACGCCUCUAUUACCUGGACGGGUUCAAGAGGUCAGAUGUGGCUCGACACCUGGGGAAGAAUAAUGACUUCAGUAAGAUGGUGGCUGAGGAGUACCUCCGAUUUUUCGACUUCACGGGACUGAGCUUGGACCAUGCACUGAGGGCAUUCUUGAAGGAGUUUGCACUUAUGGGAGAGACACAGGAGAGGGAGCGAGUACUGAUUCACUUUUCACACAGAUACCACCAGUGUAAUCCGGGCACCAUCUCUGCAGAGGAUGGGGUACAUACACUUACUUGUGCACUGAUGCUGCUAAACACAGACCUUCAUGGACAUAAUAUUGGCAAAAGGAUGUCCUGCUCUGACUUCAUCUCGAACCUGGAAGGAUUGAAUGAUGGAAAAGAUUUCCCAAAGGAUUUGCUCAAGGUUUUGUACAGCUCGAUCAAAAAUGAGAAAUUACAAUGGACAAUUAAUGAGGAGGAACUGCGUAAAUCCUUGUCUGAGUUGGCCGAUGAAAGGGCAGACCCAAGCCUGAAGACCAUGAAGCGGAUCAGCAGUGGCAGCAACCCGUUCCUGGACAUCAUGCAGGACCCCAAUGCUGCCACGUACAAGCAUGGCUUCCUGGUGCGCAAGGUGCACGCCGAUUCCGAUGGGAAGAAAACUCCCCGGGGCAGAAGAGGCUGGAAGACCUUCUAUGGUGUGUUGAAGGGGAUGAUCCUCUACCUACAGAAGGAUGCGUACAAGUCAGAUAAGCAGUUGUCAGAGGAAGAUCUGAAGAAUGCCAUCAGCAUUCAUCACUCACUGGCAGUGCGGGCAUCUGACUACAGCAAGAAGCCCAACGUUUUUUACCUAAAGACAGCAGAUUGGAGAGUCUUCCUGCUCCAGGCCCCGAGCUCAGAGCUGAUGCAGUCCUGGAUCACCCGUAUAAACCUGGUGUCAGCCAUGUUUUCAGCUCCGCCGUUUCCUGCCGCCAUUGGUUCCCAGAAGAAGUUCAGCCGGCCUCUGCUCCCCACCGCGGUGACCAGGCUUUCUCUGGAAGAGCAGAUAAAGGCUCAUGAAGCCAGGCUGAAGGCAAUGACUGCAGAUCUGGCUGAGCAUCAUUCAGUCCCUCCUGACAAGAAGGCGAAGACUAAAGAGCUGGAGGAAUACAAACAGAAAGAGGAAUACCUGGAAUUCGAGGAGAUGCGGUUCUGCACGUAUGUCUCGCUGCUGCGGGCCAAGCUGAAAGCCGGAACUGAUGACCUGGACAAGUUCGACGCCGCCCUAUUCGACACAGCCGAGAGCGAGGGAAAUGGCCUGAAGAAGUCUCGCUCGAGCCCCUCCCUUAACCUGGAGCAGCCGGCCGCUGCGAUCAGAGUCAAGCGGAAUACGUCGGAACGUAGGAGCAGUCGGCACCACGCCAGCACCAAGCACAAGCUAUAACGCACGGUUAGUCGAACCCUGCACUGAGAGACUGGGUAGUGCAUCGUGCGUUCAGCAGCAACUUAAGGACAGUAGUAUAGAGCUGAUGGUACUCCUCCUGUUGGUUGGCGCAUGACAGACUCAAGGGCUGGAAACGAUGUAGAAAUGGUUCUUGUUGCAGAGUGCAGACACUGUGACUUUUGGCGAUGGGUUGGGCUCAGUGCAACACUCUUGGGAAAGGGAGUGGUGAGCUGGCCAUGUCUUGCAUCAGUCCAGGAGAAGGCAAGACUUGGACCCCCCAACUUGUACUCUUAUUUGUCGAUCGUGAGCCACCUCUCCCUGCAAAGGGCUCUGUACUUUUCCCUCGACCAAUGGCGGAGGAAGGAAGGGCUGCCCUUUGCAGAGAAUGAGCCCAGAUUCCAUUGUGUUCCUGAUGCAGUGGCUGAAUAAAUAUGUUUCUGUUGGAUAAGGGGGGCACGGAGGCCCAGAGAGACAUGGGGCAGCGGGAUGCACUUUAGUUUGUGCCUCUGAUGUUUAGCCAGGGGCAACUGGGGAAAGGAACUCCAGCAAUGGAGGCCAAGGAAAUGGGCUGUUCAUGCCCUUGCAGUUCUAACAAUUGCACACCAGCACUGGUGACGAGCCAUUAACCUUGUUGUGUCAGCAGACUUCAACUUUAUUUAUUUUGUACUUCCCUUCCUCCUCUCCUUAUCUCCCAGCUGUCUGUACCUGCUUUCUCCCCCCCUUGUGAAUGUUAAAUUAUUUCCGCAGUAAAUGUCCGUUGAAUGCGUGUUUCAUGAAACAGGACCUCAGAAUGAAUUGGGGACUGGUUUUAGCACCUCCUUUUCUGUACACGGUCAUGUCACACUGCUUACUAGACAGUUCAAUCCUGCUCCUGUCUGCUGUAUUGUUAGAAGUUCCCAGAUCUUGUUGGUGCUGGUUAAUUCUGAAGACAGAAGCUCAAUUCCAACCUGAAAGUUCCCAAUGGUCUAAAAGGGUCAAUGUGCGUGACACAGUGACAGUGUGGGGCGGGGGGGGGGGGGGGGGUGGUGGAGGCAGGUGUGACAGUAUGCACUACAUGCAAAAUGCUGGAGGAAUUCAGCAGAUCUGGCAAAAUCUAUGGAAAUUGAUGUUUUGGGCCAAGAUCUUUCAUCGGGACUGGUAAGGAAGGGGGAAGAAGCUAGAAUAUUAACAUGAGGAGCUAGAAUGCAAUAGGCAAAGCCAGGUGGGUGAGGGAGGGGGAUGAAGUAAGAAGCUGGGAGGUGAUAGGUAGAAAAGGCUGGAGAAGAAGGAAUAUGAUUGUAGAGGAGAGUGGACCAUGGGAGAAAGGGAAGGAGGAGGCGGCCCAAGGGGAGGCAAUAGGCAGAUGAGGAGAGAUAAAAAGGUAGGUGGCAAUGCAUACGUAAUGUGUGCCAUUGCAUGAAGAAGGAAGAUGUGUAGCAGUAGUAGAUGUUGUGGGAUCACUUGAGAAUGAUGGUCUCCCGACAGGUUUCUCCUUGAUGGAGAAAGCCUGUGUGUGACUUCAUUUAACGAGGCUGAUGCAUGGGCAGCCACCACAGGGUCCUGGACAGACUGGGGUCAGGGUUCAGUGGCAAAGCAUCCAAGGUGAUUGAGGACCCUUCAUGGCAACAGCCUUCCUCCACUCUCACUGCUGUUGGGAUGCUUCAUCAUCUUCUGCCAGCUCCACCAAUGAGGUCUUGGUUGGAUCACUCUUUGGAUUCCCCCCCCCCACCCCCGACUUUACUGACAUAGGUGACCCCACCAGGUGCUAAGCUCUUGGGAUCUCCACCAAGGCCUGCUGAGUUCCUCCAGCAUUUUGUGUGUGUUGCCUGGAUUUCCAGCGUCUGCAGAUUUUCUCUUGUGUGGUCUUUGCCUUUGCUCAGGUUCAGGAUUAGGUAGGGAUGGGCUGCCGAACCACAUGGUGGGCUUUCUGCCAUUGUGCGGAACUGAGGGGGGCCCAGCUUAUGGAGCUACUGGGCUGGUCAUAUACUGGUGGAAACCUGGUUAUCAUCAGCUUGGAGGGGACGUAUUAGAAAUACAAAGUAGAGUCCAUUUAACCAUAUAACAAUUACAGCACGGAAACAGGCCAUCUCGGCCCUUCUAGUCUGUGCAGAACGCCUACUCUCACCUAGUCCCACCGACCUGCACACAGCCCAUAAUCCUCCAUUCCUUUUCUGUCCAUAUACCUAUCCAAUUCUACUUUAAAUGACAAUAUCAAACCUGCCUCUACCACUUCUACUGGAAGCUCGUUUCACACAGCUACCACUCUCUGAGUAAAGAAGUUCCCCCUCGUGUUACCCCUAAACUUUUGCCCCCUAACUCUCAACUCAUGUCCUCUUGUUUGAAUCUCCCCUACUCUCAAUGGAAAAAGCAUAUCCACGUCAACUCUAUCCCCCUCAUAAUUUUAAAUACCUCUAUCAAGUCCCCCCUCAACCUUCUACACUCCUUUAUAUUUUCUCCAGUGUUCUGUAAGGUGCGCUGGAUGGAUUGUCUCUGUUAUACUCUAAGGGACCAAUAGACUGUCUGAGUGAAUAAACAUGAGAAAUUCUACAGAUGCUGGAUAUCCAGUGCAACACGCACAAAAUGGUGGAGGAACCCAUGUCAGGCAGCAUCUACCCUCCUCAGCUGAACAAUAGCUUUGGUGCAUGUUGUAUGCAAGUGAAAAUUACAGAUGGAAAAUGACUGAUCUUGAGCAUUUGCUCCCACAUAUCGCGUGCUCCCUAAAGCAUGGUGAAUUUUGGUAUGGUCUCCCCAACAUUUGGGCAGUGUUGGGUCCCGAACAGUGAAACACUCCUUUCUUCAAAUGCCUCAUGGUCACUAAGUUACCACUUCUGCACAUAGUGGCUACUUUGUUAGAUGCAGGAAUGGAACCCAGUGAGGUCGGCUGCUGCUAUAUCCUAUCCACUUCAAAAUUUGAUGUGUUGUGUACUCAGAGAUUGUCUUCUGCACGCCAAUGUUGUAAUGCUUGGUUAUUUGAGUUACUGUUGCCUUCCUGCCAGCUGGCCCUUCUCUGACCUCUCUCAUUCUCCCCCCAGGACGCCACUCACUGGAUGUUUUUGCUUUUUGCUCCACUCUCUGUAAACUCUAGAGACAGUUGUGCAUGAAAAUCCCAGGAAAUCAGCAGUUUCUCAGAUAUCUCCUCUGGCAACAACGUGGUCAAAGUCACUCAGAUCUCAUUUCUUCCCCAUUCUGAUGUUCGAACUGAACUUCUUGACCAUACCUGCAUGCAUUUUUGCAUUGAUUUCCUGCCUCAUGAUUGGCUGAUUAGAUAUUUUGUUCAAAGUUCAAAGUAACUUUAUUAUCAAACUACGUAUAUGCCACCAUACAUUUUCUUGCUGCCAUUCACAGCAGAACAAGGAAAUACAAUAGAACCAUUGAGAAAACUACACACAAAGACUGACAACCAAUGUGCAAAUGAAGACAAACUGUGCAAAUACAAAAGAAAUAGUAAAUAAUUAUAUUGAGAACAUGAGUUGUAGAAUCCUUGGGAUUGAGUCCUUGAACUUUGAACUUAUUCUGCUGGAGACAUAGGAUGGGAAGGGUAGCAAAAAUCUGGACCGGCCAGCUAACCAAACUGCAGAUCACACCAGUCUGAUGUGAAAUCUGAUGCACCCAUUAGCCAGGGUUGCUGAUCGGUGGAGAGAAGGUGUAAUUCAUUGGGAGGCAGAGGGAGAUGAUGAGUGGAAAAGCAAGAUGCUGGAAUCUGAAGCAACUAACAAUCUGCUGGAGGGUCGAGCAGCAUCAGGACCUAAAUGAUGAGCAUUGUUGAUAGCAAAGUAUCCUUUUAUCCCCAGGCAAACUAAAGGGUGUUGUUCAGUCUUAUUUUAGUUUACUUUUGAAUUCCUCACCAGCACCUUGUCCGGUGCGACUUCCGGCCCUGAUCUGGUGCCAUCUGGGAUCUCAAGUGUGUUUAAUCCAUUCACCACAUCUGUGGUUUUUCCUCUGUAUCCUGCUCUCUUCCCUCACUUGUCUAACACUGCCUCCUAUUCUCUACCUCCUCCUAGGGCUUUGUUUCUUGCUUUUCUGAGUUUGACAGGGUCUGUGUUGUUGCAAGUGACAGUUCUUUACAUCCCGUUGCCCACCAAGGAUUACAAACUCUCUAGAUUCUAGGCCUCUGCAUCGAGCAGGGAUCUCCACUCUCUCCUGCCCAACUCUCUUACCCCCCCCCCCCCACCACCCUCCUCUGACCCCAUAUUUCACCCCAGUCCUGUUUUUACAAUCUGCUGAACCUCCACUCUCCAACAGUACCCAGUCAAUCCCCAGCGGAGGCUUCAUUCUGCACCCUUUUGCAUCUAAUCUUGGGGAGUUGCUGUCCUGACUUGAUGUAGUAAUGAAGGCAAAUGCAACGUUUUCAUACAUUUCAAGAGGCCUAGAAUGUAAGAGCAAGGAUGUGUUGCUGAGGAUUUAUAAAACAUUGUUCAGACCAGAUUUGGAGUCUUGUGUGCAGUUUUGGGCUCCAUAUCAAAGAAAGGAUUGCUGGCAUUGGAGAUGGUCCAGAGGAGAAUGACUUGAAGGAUCCCAGGAAUGAUAGAGUUAACAUGUGAAAAGUGUUUGGCUCUGUGCCUGUACUCACAGGAGUUUAGAAGAAUGAGGGGGAAACCUUGUUUUAACUGUCCAUCUUACCAUCCACAUCUGGCUCCACCUAUCACCCACUGGCUUCUGUCCUCCUCCUUCCCCCACCUGGUUCCACCUGCCAAUCAUACUCAUCCACAUUUGGCUCCACCUAUCACCAGCCAGCAUCUGUUCCCCCCGCCUCUCCCACCCACCAUCCUCUACCACACCCCACCAUCCAAUACACAAUGCCAUAUACUGGCAGUCUUUCCUGUUUCCUCUUCAUCCUGAGACAAGGUCUCGACAUACACCUUCUGCCUUCACAGAUGCUGCUUGAUUCUCUGAGUUCCUCCAUUGUUUCAAGUCCAGGGCCUGAAUCCAUUGCAGCGGAAUCUUGGAAUAAAAAGCAGAAAAUGUUGGAAACACUUAGAUCAUACAGCAUCUUUGGAAAGAGACAUGGUUUACCCUUCAUCUGAACGUCAACACCUUCUCUUUCUACAGACACUGCCUGACCUGCUGAUUGUUUCUAGCAAUUUCUGCUUGCAUCUCAGAUUUCCAGCAUCCGGAUUUUUUUACUUCUGCAAGAGUUGAACAUGUUUGACUAAGACAGCUGGAAAUCUAAAGUCAGCAACAUUUGCAGAAGAACAGGGGCAUUUCAGGUUGAAGACUCUUCUUUGGGGUAGCCCCAGGUAAGAGUCUUAAGAGUUCAGUGAGUUUUGCUUCAUCACAGAUGCUGACCAGUGAAGUGAGAUAUUCUCAGCCCAUUUUCUUUAAUUAGCCCAGUUGUUUUUGUCAUCAUCUCCAUUCGAGAGUAAUCUGGUGGCCUUAAUGAGAGGACUGCAGUGAGACUGCAGAAAGAUAAUAAGCAUGUUGUUGCAGUGAAGAGAUUGGUAUUGUUGGAGAGUGGAGAAUAAAGGCGAUUGAGAAAGGGAGGGAGACGUUAGUAAAGACCUGAACAUGAACAGAGGUUAAGACAUUGAGAUGAAGAACUGUCACACUCUUUAACACUGACACCCCCUCCCCUUUUAUUAUUGUGAAGAAAAAUUACCU